GAUUAGAUAGAUUACAGUGGGCACUCGAGAUAGCAGAACAAUUGAAGUUGUCAACGAAAGAGAGCUGAACCCAAAUUUGGUUCAUUCAACUUGCCAGCGAUCUCUAUUGGUUUUUCCCAUGCGGGAAAUUCUGGCUAUUUUUGAACGAGCGGGGCAGCCUGAACCGGUUCAUGGGGGAUAAGUCGAAGCAUAUUCUAUAUGCCAUAUAUAUAUAUCUGCGUUUUAAAUUUAAAUUGACUAAGAAAAACAAUUUCUAUAGCUAUAUAAUAGAGUUCCAUUCCAAUUUUAUUUCCAAUAAAACAAAAGAAAAAGACAAAUAUAUGAUCAAUUGUAGGAAAAACUGGGAUCCAUCAGGUGUGGCAUGUGUCAAUCGGACGAGCAAACACCGUUAAUGAGGCAAACAGAUAGCCGCGUGUGUGACUGUAUAUGUUCAGCGGUAUCUGAUAAAUAGGAACUGGCAUUCCAAUUGUUUAUAGCUAACCAAGCAGUCAUACAUACAUACUCGUACAUACAUGCAUGUGUAAUUAGGUGAAAUGAGUAAAUGAGGCAGGCGGCAGGCGGUAGUCCAACAGCAAAAACAACAUGUAGAACAUAUAGAUUGAUGAGGAGAGGUGGUGUAGGGGGAGGGAGGACUAAUAUCAACACUGAAUUUUGCUUGCAGCGACGAGGGCGAAUUUCAAUUUGCUCGCCGACAGUUGGCAAAAAGUUGUUCGAUCGCGCAGUUCACAAAAGCGAUAUAAAAAGUUAAAAAAAAAAAAACUCUAUAAAAAUAGAACAAAAAACGCGUGAAAUUCUACGCGCUUUACAAGUUAAUUAACCAAAAAAAAUACAAAAAAUAAAAGUGUUUAAAUUUGAAAGUUUAUUUGUAACUCCCUCGCAAUGCUGAGAUCUCGCUUUUGUGAUUUAUUGGCCUGUUCGGCUCGUCGCCGUCUAUUACUGAAACAUUGCCUGUGCUUUAUUUUUAUAACAAUGACAAACUAGAACAAGAGAAAUUUUUGUUUUUUUCUGUUUUCUGGUGUUUUUUAUGCCAAAACAGACACACUUCUGUACAUUGUAAAUCAAUCGCAACCAACAGUAUUGCCUUCGAUCGGUCCGAACGAGUCUUGUGAUCCCAGGACAAUCGAUCAAAAGGCCCCAAAAUGUCUGAGCUGCGACGCAGUCUCAGUCGCCUCUCCAUGAUCGUCUACAGAGCCACCCAUUCCAGUGAACAGUCGUGGCGAGAGGAGCUUCUCAGGUACCGGCAGACACGCUUCAGUUCGCGGCGUGUGCGAAAACGUGUGGUCUUCAAGCACGGCGAGUGCAACGUUGUGCAGGGAAAUGUGGCCAAAAGACGUCGGCGUUAUCUGCAGGACAUCUUCACCACCCUGGUUGACGCCCAGUGGCGCUGGACGCUGCUUGUCUUCGCCGCCAGCUUCGUUUUCUCGUGGGCCUUCUUUGGGUUCAUCUGGUGGAUCAUCGCCUAUGCUCACAAUGAUCUGGAGUACACCAAUCUCAAGAAUAGUAAUCCUGACCUGGUGGUCAACAUGACGCAUACGGUCUGUGUUACCCAAGUAUCGAACAUGAUGUCCGCCUUCCUGUAUUCCGUUGAGACACAGACGACCAUUGGCUAUGGUAAUCGCUAUGUGACGGAGGAGUGUCCAGAGGCGAUAUUCACCAUGUGCAUCCAGUGCAUCACUGGAGUGUUUAUCCAAGCGUUUAUGGUGGGCAUUGUGUUUGCCAAGUUGUCGCGUCCAAAGAAGCGUGCCCAGACAUUGCUCUUCUCCCGAAAUGCUGUCAUCUGCCAUAGGGAUGGAGUACCAUGUCUAAUGUUCCGUGUGGGAGACAUGCGCAAGUCGCACAUCAUCGAGGCUCAUGUCCGGGCCCAGAUCAUCCGCAAGAAGGUGACGAAGGAGGGUGAGGUGUUGCCCUUCUACCAGCAGGAGUUGCACAUUGGUGCCGAUGGUGGCGAGGAUCGGCUGAUGUUCAUCUGGCCUACGACCAUUGUUCACAAGAUCGAUAGGAACAGUCCACUGUACAUGCUUUCCGCCUCGGAUAUGCUGAAGGAACGCUUCGAAGUGGUGGUUAUGCUGGAGGGUGUUAUUGAGUCCACUGGCAUGACCACGCAGGCCAGGAGCAGCUACUUGCCAUCGGAGGUGCUGUGGGGCCAUCGCUUUGUGAAUGUAGUGUCCUUCCGCAAGGAGACCGGAGAGUACGAGGUGGAUUACACGCUGUUUAACAACACCUACGACGUGGACACUCCGCUGUGUAGUGCCAAGCAGCUGGAUGAGCUGAAGUCGGAAUACACGAAGAGCGCCAAGAGCUGCCCUGGCCUGGGUGUGAAUGCACCCUUUGCAGAUCGCACGCUCUCGGCCAGCUUGUUCCAGAGGAUUGCAUCCGCCGCUUCAGUGGAUCAUCUGGAUCCGGCAAGCGAUGAAUCGCUAGACUCGGGCCGCCUGCAGAUACGCUCCCAUUCCAUACCCAACGGCGUGCUGGCCAGCGAGCUGGAGCCGCUGAAUAACAACAAGCACGGCGCAUCGUUCACAAUGGGCGGUCUGACCAUAACGACGACGGCGCCCAGCAUACCCAACCUAUCCAGUAUUAAUGAGAAGACCAAUUCCGGCAAUUCCAUAAACAGCAGCAACUACAGCAAUAACAACAGCUUGAGCACGCUGGCCGGAGGAGGAAGUGCUGCCAGCGGACCCGGCGGUGGUAUCACCAUUGUGGCCGGCUCUGGCGCAGGAGGAGGCAAUGGUGGUGGUGGUAGGCAUAAGCCGAAUCCACGUCGCCUGAGCAUCAAGCAGGAUCAGCUGCCCAUCGAUUCCAUUUGUUGAUAUUAUUAAUUGAGUGGCUUCCAUGCCCCCCUCAGCCGUCAGUUAAAUGAUGUUGUAUUCUAGUUAUGCAUAGGCUCCCCACUAUAAUUCUAACUAAAAACUAAGCUAAGCGAGAUUCCAAGGAGAGCUCAUCUGUCAUAGCCAUAGAGCUGCUGCAGCUGUGAACUACCCCUAAAAGCCCCUAAACCCCCCUGUUUCCUGCUGAAGUGGAGGCAAUCUGAUUGCGUGCCACCCAUAAGAUCUAACCCUGAAACGAUAUGUAUAUGUAUAUAGGCUAAGUUGAUUGAAUGAUUCACGUUGUUAGCUUUACUUGUAUUGAAUUUACUAUAGUUAAGUUACAACUUGAUAUUAAAAUGCAAAGUAAGAUGUGAGAGACCCACGAAAAAAAGAAAAACCAAAAUGAUGCAACUUAGACCAUUAGAACGAUAGAAAACUUUAAAAGAGCUCAGUAAAAAUGUAAAUUGAAAUGAAAUUUAAACGGAAUUCUGAAUUCCCUUUUACCCCGAUAAUUGUUAAUAAUAUUUACUCACUCCAACGAGAUGGAAAGUGUACAUUUUAAAUCAAUAAAAAACUGUUUCAAAAACAAGA